AGACUGACUUCAUGCUCACAUGUAGAGUAGUGGUUGUUAGUGGUAUCAUAUAAUCUCUGCUGGUGAUGCUUCUGAUUAGAUAUUUUUGAUUUUUUUUAUGUUGUCACCAUUUGAGAAUUAUCUGCAUGAUUUGGAGAGCUGUCCUGCUUUGGAUGGAGAACCAAACAACUCCUCUCAAACAGCCGAUUGUUUUUGAGCUUGAGGGCUUUGAUGUACAGCCAGGCAAUGGAACCUUCUUGUUUCUGCUGGCUUUGCUUGCCUAUAUAGUGGUGCUGCUGGGGAACGGUGUGGUGAUCUGUGUUAUUAUGACAGACAGGAACCUGCACAGACCCAUGUUUGUCAUGAUCUGUCACCUGGUGGUCUGUGAUCUGCUGGGGGCCACAAUGGUGCUUCCUCGUCUCAUGAUGGAUUUGCUGACGGGGCUGAAGAAGAUUGCCUACAUCCCAGCAGUCGCUCAGGCCUUCUGUGCUCACACAUACGGUGCAGCAAUGCUGACUAUUUUAAGUGUGAUGGCCUAUGACAGGUUUGUGGCGGUGUGUGAACCUCUCCGGUACCACUCCAUCAUGACUUCAGCCCGGCUGCACAGCUGCUGCGCUCUGGCCUGGAUCGUCGCCCUGCUGCUCAUCGCCGUGCUCUUCUCCUUCCACAUGAACGUCCCUCUGUGCGGCCGAGUCAUCCAACAUGUCUUCUGCACCAACCGAGGCAUCUUAAACCUGGCCUGUAUUCCCACCCCCAUCAGUAACAUCUACGGUCUAGCGAUAUCCUGGUCUUUAAGUACGAUGACCUUCGUUAUCGUCUCUUUCUCCUACAUCAGGAUCCUGAGCGCAUCCCUAAAACAAGGAAGAAGAGAUGGAUGCCUCCGUAGCAAGGCCUUUCAGACCUGUCUGCCACACAUUGUUGUGUACAUUAUCUUUCAAAUCUCUUCUUUGAUAAUCAUUUUAAGUCACAGGUUCCCCUCCCUGUCUGGAAACAUGCGGAAGUUCUUCAGCAUCCUCAUCUACAUCAUUCCCCCCAUCAUUAACCCCAUCAUCUACGGCCUGGUCAGUAAAGACCUGAGGGUCAGCUUCAUCAAACAUUUCUCUAACAGAGUGAAAAAAGGAGGACGUCCUCCAUGCUCAGAGGACUGCAGACUCAGAGCUCCGCUGUCUGUGUGUUCGAGCUCUGCUCUGCUUUGGAUGGAGAACCUAACGAUGGGCGUUCCUCUCAAACAGCCCGUUGUGUUUGAACUCCAGGGUUUUGAUGUUCCACCAGGACAGGGCCCGUUCCUCUUCUUCUUGGCCCUGUUCGCCUACAUAGUGGUGCUGCUGGGGAACGGGGUGGUGAUCUGUGUGAUCAUGAAGGACAGGAACCUGCACAGACCCAUGUUUGUGAUGAUCUGCCACCUGGUUGUCUGUGAUCUGCUGGGGGCCACGGCGGUCCUUCCUCGCCUCAUGAUGCACUUCCUGAUGGGGCAGCAGAAGAUCUCCUACCUCCCAGCCAUCGCUCAGGGCUUCUGUGUGCACACAUACGGUGUUGCUAUGCAGACCAUUCUGGGGGUGAUGGCCUAUGACAGGUUUGUGGCGGUGUGUGAACCUCUCCGGUACCACUCCAUCAUGACUUCAGCCCGGCUGCACUGCUGCUGCGCUCUGGCCUGGAUCGUCGCCCUGCUGCUCAUCGCCGUGCUCUUCUCCUUCCACAUGAACGUCCCGCUGUGCGGCCGGGUCAUCCAACAUGUCUACUGCAGUAACCGCAGCAUCCUGAACCUGGCCUGCAUUCCCACCCCCAUCAGCAACAUCUACGGUCUGUCCAUGACCUGGUCAGUGAGUACGGGGGUAUUCAUCAUCAUUGCCUUUUCCUACAUCAGAAUCCUGAGUGUGUCGUUCAACCAAGGCAGAAGCGACAGCAGCGUUCACAGGAAGGCCUUCCAGACAUGCGCUCCUCACCUUGUUGUCUAUGUCCUCUACCAAAUAGCUUCAGUUAUCAUCAUCGUCAGCCUCAGGUUUCCUUCUGCCUCCCAAAACAUCAGAAAAUUCUUUAGUAUCCUCUUCAUCAUAGUUCCACCGGCUCUCAACCCCAUCAUCUAUGGAAUGGUCAGUAAGGAUCUACGGGCGGCCAUCAUGAAGCUCUUCUCCGUACAAGUCAGGAGAGUGUGUCACAAAGAGUGACUCAGCCUUCAGCUCAUACCUGUCAUCAGUGUCAGGACUCCUUCUUAGCAAAACGGGAAUAAAUCUGACCAGAUAUCUGGUUUUAUGA